AAUGUUCCCCUCCUUUCGCAUUCGCGUCUCAGGCCUGGACAAGAAGGCCAAGUACAUCAUGCUAAUGGACAUCGUGGCGGCGGACGACUGUCGCUACAAGUUCCACAACUCACGCUGGGUGAUGGCCGGAAAGGCCGAUCCCGAGAUGCCAAAGCGAAUGUACAUCCACCCUGACUCACCCUCCACCGGGGAGCAGUGGAUGCAGAAGGUGGUCUCCUUUCACAAGCUCAAGCUGACGAAUAACAUCGCCGACAAGCACGGUUUUGUAAGUAGCUCUAGCACUGCUACGAUUCUCAACUCGAUGCACAAGUACCAGCCACGCUUCCACCUAGUCAGAGCCAAUGAUCUACUCAAGCUGCCCUACAGUACCUUUCGGACGUACGUCUUCAAGGAGACCGAAUUCAUCGCCGUCACGGCUUACCAAAACGAAAAGAUAACUCGGUUAAAAAUCGACAACAAUCCAUUUGCCAAGGGUUUCCGUGAGACGGGGGCUGGCAAGCGGGAGAAGAAGUAA